GUGUAGGUGUCCGUCCUUUCAUCAACUGUUUAUUUUGAUGCCGACGUAUAUUUUGAAGAUAUAUUGAAUUAAAUAGCAUUAUGUCAGCACAAAAUGUAAAUGUGUGUGAUAUUGGUGAUGACGUAAAAGAAGUUUUGAAAAAGUUUCGUUUUCAGAAACAUAAUUCUAACAGUGCAUUGAUAUUGAAGGUGAACAGAGAAAAGCAAGCACUGGAAGUAGACGAGGAGCUAGAAAAUGUUGAGGUGGAAGAGCUGCAGGACAUCCUACCAUCACAUCAGCCCAGAUUUAUCAUAUACAGUUAUAAACUUGAACACAGUGAUGGUAGGACAUCAUUCCCAAUGUGUUUUAUAUUCUAUACACCGAGAGAUGCACAUAUGGAGUUACAGGUAAUGUAUGCCGGUACACAGCGCGCGUUGGCAGCGGCGGUGGGAGCGCCCCGUCUACUCGAGGUGCGGGAGAUAGACGAACUCACAGUCGAUUGGCUAAACGAGAAACUCAAGAAGUAGACUACUAUGCCUCUCUUUUACAUAUGACUCACACGUCAUGACUUUUACUGGUCAGAGUUUUGUAUAUUUUGUGCACUCGAAAGUGAGAUGUGUGAAAAAUUAUUAGUUUUUUUUUUGCCAGAUCUUAUAAAAUGAUAUCCGUAUAUUAUGUAAUAUAGAUUAUUUAAAUAUGAUCCUAUUUUAA